CAGCAAUGGGAACCCGCGCCUGCCUCACCUCUCCUCCGCCGGGCAGCAUCUCUACAGCCCCGCGCCGCCCCUCUCCCAUACCGCAGUCGCCGAAUACCAGCCGCCCCCCUACUUUGCGCCUCCCUACCAGCAGCUGGCUUACUCUCAGUCGGCCGACCCCUGCUCGCACCUUGGAGAGGCGUACGCCGCUGCCAUCAAUCCUUUGCACCAGCCCGCGCCCGCCGGCAGCCAGCAGCAGGCCUGGCCGGGCCGCCAGAGCCAGGAGGGGGCCGGCCUGCCCUCGCACCACGGGCGCCCGGCCGGCCUGUCGCCCCAUCUCUCCGGACUGGACGGCGGCGCC